AUUAAAACGGCUUUUGGUAAAACUCAGCAUAAUUGUUUCUGUAAUAUCCAAACGUUUGCUUAAAAAAUGACCAACGAUAUUUCAAAAAAGAAAGGCAAGAAUUCAAGCGAGAAAAAGGUGAAAAGAAAAACUAAAAGAAGGGAGACCUACGCUAUGUACAUCUAUAAAGUUCUAAAACAGGUUCAUCCGGAUACAGGUAUUUCUAGCCGUGCCAUGAGUAUAAUGAACUCCUUCGUGAACGACCUGUUCGAGCGAAUCGCUACCGAAGCGUCUCGUCUGGCUCAGUACAACAAGCGCUCCACCAUCACCAGCAGGGAGGUGCAGACCGCCGUCAGACUGCUGCUGCCCGGSGAGCUGGCCAAACACGCCGUGUCCGAGGGCACCAAGGCGGUGACGAAGUACACCAGCUCCAAGUGAAUAUUUCAGCUGAAAUCUGCGUUUUCUGUGGGGUUUUUUUUUUGUUUGUUUCGUUUUUUAUGUCCCCACCUAAAUAAAUGCAUAUAAAAACUGUC